AUGGCUCCUCCGGCGACAGCGACCGCGCACAUGGCUACAACAACGCUCAAGGUUGAAGGUAUGACAUGCGGCGCAUGCACUUCUGCCAUCGAGUCGGGUUUCCAGGGCGUCAAGGGAGUAGGGAAUGUGUCGAUAAGCUUAGUGAUGGAGCGUGCUGUUAUCCAGCACGAUCCCGAGGUCAUCACCGCGGAAGAAGUCAGGGAGAUCAUCGAUGACAGGGGGUUCGAUGCAGAAGUGCUCUCGUCGGAUCUACCAAUGUCGCAUAGUGCAGAUGAUCAUUUCCUGAGCGACUCCGAAGAUGAAGAGGAGGAAAUGAAUGGAAACAUUUCCACCACCACACUCUCGGUUGGUGGAAUGACAUGCGGAGCGUGUACAUCCGCCGUGGAAGGCGCUUUCAAGGACGUAGCUGGACUCAAGUCUUUCAGCAUAUCACUUCUCUCCGAGCGCGCUGUCAUCGAACACGACACUACAAUUAUAACCCCGGAGAAGCUGGCCGAAACGAUAGAAGAUGUUGGCUUUGACGCGCAGGUGCUGGAUACCGUGGCCGCGACACCAGCACCGAGGAAGAGCAAGGGUCGGAAACAGCAGAAAACAAUGACGACGACUGUCGCUGUUGAGGGCAUGACAUGUGGCGCAUGCACAUCAGCCAUUGAGAGCGGGUUCAAGGACGUUGAGGGUGUAUACCAGUUCAACAUUAGUUUGCUCGCCAAUCGUGCCGUGAUCGUCCACGAUCCCUCCAAGCUCACCGAGGAGCAGUUGGUAGAGAUCAUCGAGGACCGAGGAUUCGACGCCAAUGUCUUGUCGUCCGUCGACAGUAGUAUACAGCAGUCAUCAGCAGCCAACGUACCUGUACAACUCAAGAUCUAUGGAAUGCCCAACUCUAGCGCUGCUCAAGAACUCGAAGGAUUGUUGCGAAAACGAUCUGGAAUUACCUCCGCAACCAUCAACUUCGGAACUUCAAGGGCCACUAUUCAACGUGAGCCUCAAAUCAUUGGUCUGCGAGCCAUCGUGGAGGCUGUAGAAGCAGCUGGAUACAACGCGCUUGUCGCGGACUCUGAAGACAAUGAUGCCCAACUGGAGUCUCUGGCAAAGACAAAAGAAAUCCAGGAAUGGAGAAGAGCUGUGGUAUUCUCCGCCUGGUUUGCAGUUCCCGUGUUCUUGACAAGCAUGUUCAUCCCCAUGUUCCUGCCAUUCAUCAACUACGGUGGUAUACGCCUCAUUCCCGGUUUAUAUCUUGGCGACGUGAUAUGUCUGGUCCUCACGAUCCCAGUUCAGUUCGGCAUCGGAAAGCGCUUCUAUGUGUCUGCAUACAAAUCGCUAAGCCAUGGUUCUCCCACGAUGGACGUUCUUGUCGUGCUUGGUACCUCGUCCGCCUUCUUUUUCAGUAUCUUUUCGAUGCUGGUAUCGCUCUUGAUUUCCCCACAUACCAAGCCGACAACACUCUUUGACACCAGUACUAUGCUGAUCACGUUUAUCAGCUUGGGCCGUUACCUCGAGAACAAGGCGAAGGGUCAAACUUCCAAGGCGCUUUCUAACCUCAUGUCCCUGGCCCCAUCCAUGACCACUAUCUACGCGGAUCCUAUCGCUGCUGCGAAAGCUGCUGAGGACUGGGACGUCAAGGAAGAAAAGAUGGAGCGCAAGUCAACUGAUGGCAAUGCUGUUGAAGAGAGGGUCAUUGCUACCGAGCUCAUCGAAGUUGGUGACGUGGUCAUACUUCACCCAGGAGACAAGCUUCCCGCUGAUGGCACAGUAACACGUGGAGAAUCGUACCUUGAUGAGAGCAUGGUUACAGGUGAAGCUAUGCCCAUCCUCAAGAAGAAGGGCGCAUUAGUUAUGGCCGGUACUGUGAACGGAAACGGACGUCUGGAAUUUCUUGUUACUCGAGCCGGCCGUGAUACUCAGCUCAGUCAGAUUGUGCGCCUUGUCCAGGAAGCGCAGACAAGCCGCGCCCCGAUCCAACGCCUUGCAGACACCGUUGCUGGUUACUUCGUCCCUAUCAUUAUCACUCUCGGUCUCGCAACUUUCGUUGGAUGGAUGGUACUCAGCCACGUCCUACCCUACCCGCCUAAAGUCUUCCUCGAUCACGCUAGUGGCGGAAAGUUUAUGGUUUGCAUCAAACUCUGCAUCGCUGUCAUCGUCUUCGCCUGUCCAUGUGCCCUGGGUCUUGCGACACCUACCGCUGUCAUGGUUGGUACUGGUGUUGGAGCUGAGCAAGGUAUCCUCGUUAAGGGUGGUGCUGCUCUCGAGACUGCCACCAAAAUCAACCAUGUCAUCUUUGACAAGACCGGCACGCUUACUGUGGGCAAGAUGAGCGUAUCUCAAGCCGAUAUACAAGGAGGCUGGGAAAGCACGGAAAAGAAGAACCUCUGGUGGACGCUCAUUGGACUUGCGGAAAUGGGCUCUGAGCAUCCCAUCGCCAAAGCCAUCGUUCUCUCUGCGAAGGAGCAUCUCCGUCUGGGACCUGACGGUAGCUUAGACGGCUCUGUUGGAGACUUUGAAGCUGUCGUCGGUAAAGGCAUUACCGCGACGGUCGAAGCAGCCAUCUCUCGCGAGCGCACCCGCUACACGGUCCUUAUUGGUAACACAGCCUUCCUCACCUCCAAGGGUGUCAAUGUCCCGGACUUUGUUGAAGAACCUCUUACACCUGCUGCGAAUGCCAAUCCUCGAGGCGGGUCUCAGAACCGCUCUGCUGGCAUCACCACGAUUCAUACCGCUAUUGGUAACACCUACACUGGCACGUUGAGCUUGUCUGACACUAUCAAGCCUUCGGCUCGCGCUGCAGUUCUUGCGCUAUCACGUCUGGGUAUAUCAUCUUCCAUUGUUACCGGUGAUACAUCCGCUUCCGCCCUUGUUGUCGCAGCGGCGGUUGGCAUUGACGCUUCAGACGUCCAUGCUUCGUCCACACCCGCAGACAAGAAAGCUAUCGUCGAAGACCUCCAGUCUCGCGGUAAAGUGAUCGGCAUGGUUGGGGACGGUAUCAACGAUUCCCCUGCGCUCGCUUCUGCCGACAUUGGCAUUGCCCUCUCUACUGGUACGGACGUCGCUAUGGAAGCUGCGUCUAUUGUUCUUAUGACCAACACGGAUCUUCUUGCCAUUCCGGCUUCCCUAGUGCUCAGCCGUGAUAUCUUCUUCCGCAUCAAGCUGAACCUGGCGUGGGCGUGCAUGUACAACUUCAUUGGUCUUCCCUUCGCAAUGGGCUUCUUCCUGCCCUGGGGCCUUUCACUCCACCCAAUGGCUGCUGGUGCGGCGAUGGCAUGCUCAUCUGUCAGUGUCGUCCUCAGCUCUCUACAUCUCAAGUUCUGGAGUAGACCUAGCUGGAUGAAGGUCAGUGUACUCGAUCCCGGUGCGCCAAUCGAUGAAAAGGAAGCGGAAAUGGAGAAGCAGAGUAAGAUUGGCGUGUUCUCUACCCUCAAGGACUGGAUCAGUGAUGCGUGGGCUGCGAGGAAGAGGAAUAAGGAGGAGACCAGCUACAUGCCGUUGAGGGAUAUGGGAGAUCAGUAG